UUUUUUUUUUUUUUGGUUCAUUUUCUGUCUCUUUUAUCCCAGCCCUACUGUGACUGGACCGUCCUGUCGAUUUGCGACGGCACCCACACCCUGCAGCUCUCGGUCCAACCGAAUGACGACGGUCUCGUGGCAUCCCCUUGCUUGACCGGCUGAUGCCUGGCAUCAAAGCCGACCGAUAAAACAUAAACUAGAAUUCAGCCCGAUAGUCAUCUCAAUCAUUGAAAUAGCUUCCCCUGCUCCAAUCUUUCGAAGGCACCGAGCUGUCACGAGUCAGUGGGCGAGCCCAGGCCUCGUCCAACCGCCUCCCGUCCACAACCUGCAACGUUAAAGUUACCUCGUUUGCAUCCGAAGCUGAAAUCCGAGCAUCGUACAACCCCAAGUAAACGACGCCGAUACCCCCCUACGGGUUGCUUGGUUCAAUUUAACGUCCUGUUUUUUGCGACAAGCAUAUCUGCUUCAUCCUCUGCCUCGCAUGACGUCGUCAUCAGCAGGACUUCCGGAACAGGCCCGCCGCGCAGACGACCAGACGCCGCCGUCGAACACGACGGGCAAGGACACCAAAAACACAGUGGACGGUUCUCGAGAUGGACCAAACGGACAUGGACAACAACAACAACAACAGCAGCAAGCCCAUGCUGAGCUCAACGAGCAGUCGCCCUUGCUGUCCCCAAGCUCCGGCUCGGGCGAGGACGAGGGCUUGAUGGACAGCCCCCAUCCUGGGAGUGCUGGCCCCGGGAGUGCUGAUGACGAGCACCAGAAGACUAAGAGCCUCUGGUACAUCAUCCUCCUGACCAUCAGCAUUGGCGGCUUGCAAAUCGCAUGGUCCGUCGAGAUGUCCAACGGCUCGCCCUAUCUGUUGUCUCUGGGCAUCAGCAAGUCCCUCAUGGCCCUGGUCUGGAUCGCCGGGCCGCUGUCCGGGACUUUGGUGCAGCCAUACGUCGGCAUGCUGAGCGACAACUGCCGCAUACGAUGGGGAAAGCGCAAGCCUUUCAUGAUUGGGGGCGCCGUUGCGACCAUCGUCUCGCUGAUGUUCCUUGCCUGGACCAAGGAGAUCGUUGGCGGAUUCCUUGGCCUCUUUGGGGCAGCUCCAGACUCGGAUGUUGUCAAAUACUCGGUCAUAGUCGUCGCCGUGCUUUGGGUCUAUGUCCUGGACUUUGCAAUCAACACAGUGCAGGCAGCGAUUCGUGCAUUCAUCGUAGACUGCGCGCCGACACACCAACAAGAGAGCGCAAAUGCCAUGGCAAGCCGCUUCGUGGGCCUUGGAAAUAUUGUUGGCUACCUCGCUGGUUACAUGAAUCUACCCGCUAUCCUCUGGUUCUUCGGAGAGUCCCAGUUCAAAGAUCUCUGCGCCAUCGCCAGUAUUGUACUUGGCGUCACUGUUCUCCUGAGCUGCUUAUUCAUCCGCGAAAGGGACCCGCGACUGGAGGGCCAUCCGGCGGCUGGCAAGCCUGGCGUUCUGGCCUUCUUCGGCAAGAUCUUUACCUCUAUCAAGCGGCUGCCUCCCCAGACCAAAAAGGUCUGCCAGGUGCAGUUCUGCGCCUGGAUCGGCUUCUUCCCCAUGCUCUUCUACACAUCGGCCUACAUCGGCGAGAUCUACGCAGAGCCCUACCUUGAGCAGAACCCCAGCAUGACCCCCGAGGAGCUCGACAAGCUCUACGAGAAUGCUACGCGGGAGGGUACUUUUGCCUUGCUCAUCUUCGCCAUCAUAAGUCUAGCAACCAACGUUUUCCUUCCUUUCUUCAUCGAGCCCACCUACGAGACGCAAAGCUCGGUGGUUGCUGGUGCGCCUGGAGAAGCCCCCGGUUCCCUCAAAGACUAUGACGAGGAGAAGAAAUCGUGGCUCGAUUACCUGGUCAUCCCCGGCUUCACACUCCGCCGCGCCUGGAUGUUCUCCCAGAUCCUCUUCACGGCCAGCAUGCUCUGCACCGUCUUCGUGCGGACCGUCACCGCCGCCACGGUCCUCAUCGGCCUCGUGGGCAUCACAUGGGCUUUGACCCUCUGGGCUCCUUGGGCCAUCAUCAGCGCCGAGAUUUCGCGCCGAGACGAGCUCCGUCGCGCUCAGUUUGCCCAGCGCAAUCUGUCUCCCAGCGGCCGCGCCGAAGACCCUCUUGACGGCUACUCGCUAGAGGACGAUAACCGAGACCGGGAGUCGUCCGACGAAGAAGAAUCCGACCAGGCGGGCGUCAUCCUAGGCAUCCACAACAUGGCCAUCGCGGCGCCGCAAAUCAUCGCCACCGUCAUCAGCAGCAUCAUCUUCAAGAUGUUCCAGAAGCCCCGCGGCGUUCCCGGGGAUCACAGCAUCGCCAUCGUGCUGGCGUUAGGCGGCAUCUCGGUGCUCGUGUCGGCCUUCUUCAUUCAUCGCAUCCGGGACGAUGCUGGCGCGCCCGUGGACGUCAUGUGCGCGGUCGAGGACGGCGAGGCCAGCAGCAGACCCAGUACGGCGCAUAGUAGGACGCGCUCGCACGAACAGCUGCCGAGGGCGAGCUUGGAGCGGGCGGCGUUGGUGAGGAAUAAGAGUUUUGGGGGGAUGGAAUAUUGAAGUUCUGGGAAGAGAUGUCUGGAUAGACGUGUGCCGUCUUUGGGUUUGUUGGUUGUACAGUGCGGAUGGGCAAGAACACUGCCGGGGUUCGUUCGGGGAAUCUCGGUUUACUGUGUGUUGAGGGAGGCAUAUAGCGCUUUCGGAUUGGAUCGGACUGAAUUGGGAGUUGGAUGGCGUGAGAGAUUGGACCUUCCAGUUGCAUUGCUUACAGGAAUUAUCUGUUCGUAGAAUAUCAUUGCUUUUAGGACCUCGGUAGGCAUGUAUGGUUCCUGUUUAGUGUUAUGUUCAUCCUCACGUUGGCUUAGGGUUGAAUUCAGCGGCUGGUGUGAUAGAGGUGGGCUUCCGGUCUGUUCACUAUCUUCUGCGAGCUGGAGACUCCGCGAUCUCGUCGUUUUAUCUCUGCUGUUUAAGAUGUAGAACUAUCAG